UUUCCCUAUAUUACUGGUAUCAUAUUCCCCAUGGAAGCUCCACGCUUUCUCUCCCCCUCUGAACUUCUACUCAGAGAAAACAAAGAAGAAGCAGUGCAGAUAGAGACCCCAGUGUGAAUUUGGUGAUUUCCACGCGCCUUUUUUCUUUGACUUUUUUGUUCACAUCAAUUCUCUUUUCCCAUUUCCUUUCAAGUUUUAAUCUUUCUUCUUCUUGAAUUUUCUCUCAUUCUUUUUCUUUUUCUUCGAAUGUGAUCAUUUCACGGGUGUUUGGAGAUCACAAAGGUCUCUGAAACCAUAAAUCUUCUAUAUUGUCUCCUUCUUCUUCCCUUCUGUUUCAGCUUUUCAUUCCCUCUUUUUCUUCAAAUUCUGCUUUUUGGGUUCUUUGAUUGAGCUCGGUUUCUUGAUUAUUUAAGACCCGAUUAGGCAGUUUCGGUUUCUUUACGUGUUUUGAUGGAUCUGUCCCUGCGGUUUUUUUUUUUUUAUUAUUUAUGGAAGUUGGAUGCAUUUCUCGAUCAUAUAAUCUGUUUCCAAAUUUUCAAUUUUUUGCUUCUUUCUAAUUGAUUCCUUACCAGAACUCUCAUACGCAUCCAGCUAAUCUUUAAUGUCUGUAAUUUUAUAAGGCAAAUUUGCUCUGUAUUUUCUUUCUCCAAGCUUUCUCUGUUUUUUCAAGGACUUUCGUAGAUGGGUUGUGCUAGCUCAAAACAAAAGCGUUGCCGGCACUGCCACGCACCCUACUCUCCGACGCCUCGGAGCUACUCAAUGCAUGUGGUUCAUCCGCCGCAGAAUAAAGGCGAUAACUACCAUGUAGUGGCGCUCACCUCCACUACAUUAGGCUCUCUGGCGCUCGAUUCACCUUCCAAUUACAAGGACAGCGUCAACGAUGCUAUUGAUAUUUGGGCAGCGAAAGGCAAUGAUGAGGAGAAUUUGAGUGUGUGUGAUGGGCAAAAUGGGAUUUCAGAUGAUGAGGAAUCGAAGACCAAAGAAUUUUCGGUGGGUUUAAUUGAAGCCAAGUCAUGGUCUAAUAUGAUCCAAGAAAAAAUUCCCAAAAUUGUCCCUAAAACACCGGUAAGAACGCCGCCGGGAGAGCCUGAAACGAUCAAUGCUUGGGAGCUUAUGGCAGGGCUUGAAGAAGAUGAUGGUUCUGUACAUCUGCCUCAUCGGUUUCGCAGCUUCUCUUUCGAUGUUUCUCGCUAUCCAAGUCCAGUUCUUGAUAGCCCAGGAAUUAAUGGUGUCACAUUUUCAUCAAAUAAGUCUCAGACUAAUCGGAAACCUCUGUGGCUUCAAUUAGCCGAUGAAGAAGCAAAUUCCCAUUGUCCAGAAUUCGACCCUCAAAUCUUUUCCGCUUUCAGAAAAUCUUUCCAAGAUCUCUCUCCCACCCAUCCAUUUUACCUCAAGCCAUCGGACGGCGAGAAACAACAAUCACCUGCUACUCCUGCCUCCGCCGGCAACAAUCAAAUUAAAGAGAUUUACAAAGGCGGCAAGGAGAAGGUGGUAGUAUACUUCACAAGCCUACGAGGAGUUCGAAAAACAUACGAAGAUUGCUGCCAUGUGAGGGUGAUCUUAAAAAGCUUAGGUGUUCGAAUUGAUGAGCGAGACGUGUCGAUGCAUUCAGGGUUUAAGGAGGAGUUAAGAGAGCUAUUGGGAGAAGGGUUUAGCGGAGGAGGACUACCAAAGGUGUUCGUGGGAAUAAAGUACAUCGGCGGAGCUGAGGAGAUAAGGCGAAUGCACGAAGAAGGAGAGCUAGAGAAAGUGGUUGAAGAUUGUGAAAUGGUGCAGGACAGUGGUGGAAUUGGUAAUGGAACUUGUGAGGCUUGUGGGGAUAUCAGAUUUGUGCCAUGCGAGACAUGUUCUGGGAGCUGUAAGAUUUACUAUGAACGCGAUGAAGAAGAAGAAGAAGCAGAAGCAGAAGCAGAAGCAGAAGCAGAAGAAGAUGGUGAAUAUGGCUUUCAACGUUGCCAAUAUUGUAAUGAGAAUGGGCUAAUACGUUGUCCAAUUUGUUGUUACUAACCAGUUUUUACUGCCACAAAAUCAGAUUUUUCCUUUUUUUUUUCUUUAAUUAAUGUUUUUUUUUUCUUCUUUUUCCUUUUUUGGGAUUUGUUUUGGGAGUUGUUUGUUGUACAGUGAGGAGCUUUUGGUAUACACUUGCAUUGUAUUUCAGAUAUGAGGAAGAUAAAACAGAAUCUUUGUAUUCUUCCUUUAGUUUUAAUAUAAUCUUUAUAUUCAAUUUA